AUUUAUUAGUAUCCGUGUCUUAAAAUAACUGAGCAACUUUCCUCUUCUUUCUGCUCUCGCCUCUCGGCUUGUGAAACACGCUCCUUUUCCCUCUGUGAUGAGAUAUCAUCUCUCUGGUUUGACUUGCUGAGCUAGAUUUCUCACCUGCCUGCGAGGUAAGACCACAGCUGUAGUUAAUCUUAUCCUCCUCUUGAGCUGAAAAUAGCUUGAAUUCCUUUUCUUUUUUCUAGUAAUGGUUGCUUUCCUUGCUUUCUCUGCAAUCUAGUGUUAGUUUUCUGCUUCUUUUUCUUUUAGUCUAUUGUUUUUGUGGAUCUGGGUUUCUUCUUCUUUUAUGGGUUCUUUGCUUUUUUGUUAUCUGAAAAGUUAAGGUUCAAGCUUUAGAGUUGAUUUCAUUGGGUUCAAGUCUCAGAUCUUGCAUUUUCGACUUUGCUGCUUCGUCUUAGUAUUUCAUCUUUUUGGGGUUCUGAUUUGGAUUUGGGUUAAGGGUUAGUCCUUUUUCCGCUUCAUAUAAGUUGUUAAUUCUGCUUCUAUUGUCAAAUUGGAGUCCAUAGGUGGAGAAUGGGUAGGUGUUUUCCUGCUUCUGCUCUCGUUUUACUUUGCUUGGUCUCUGCAAUUCUUGUUGCCUUUGCCCAAAAUUAUUUGCCAACUGAUAAAAUACUGCUAGAUUGUGGGGCAACUUCGGAUGAUACCGAUUCCGAUGGUCAGAAAUGGACUGCCGAUAAAGGUUCUAAAUUCUUGGUAUCGACAGGGAAUUCGUCCACAUCCCCUGCUGCCACCCAAGAUCCUGCAGUCCCUCAAGUCCCUUUCAUGACUGCUCGAGUUUUUCACUCUGAUUUUACCUAUAGUUUCCCCUUGGCUGCUGGUCGAAAAUUCGUUCGCCUGUACUUCUAUCCUGCUUCGUACAAUGGGCUUAAUGUAUCUGAUUCUCUCUUCGCCGUCACAGCUGGGCCUUUUACUCUUCUUAAGAACUUCAGUGUUGCUCAAACAACAGAGGCUUUGAAUUUUGCUUUUAUUGUGAAGGAGUACUCUAUCAAUGUAGAUGGUGGAACAUUGAACAUAACUUUCAGCCCAUCUUCAAAUUCUUCAAAGUCUUAUGCAUUUGUUAAUGGGAUAGAGAUAGUGUCGAUGCCUGAUAUUUAUAGUAAUACUGAUGGAACUUUAAUGAUAGUGGGUAAUUCCGCUCCAUUUACUAUAGAUAACAGUACUGCGCUUGAGAAUGUUUAUCGGUUAAAUGUGGGCGGGAAUGACAUCUCGCCGUCAGGAGAUACAGGUAUGCUUAGGUCUUGGUUUGAUGACCAGGCAUAUCUUUAUGGAGCAGGGUUUGGUGUUGCCGAGACUGCUGAUCCAAACAUGACAAUUGAAAGCCCGGUGCCUCCAUAUAUUGCACCUCUUAAUGUCUAUUCUACUGCUAGAUCAAUGGGACCGAGUGUUGGCGUCAAUUUGAAUUACAAUUUGACUUGGAUUUUUAGCAUCGACUCUGGUUUCAGUUAUUUGGUUAGGCUUCAUUUUUGUGAAAUUGCCUCAAACAUAACCAAGAUUAAUCAAAGAGUGUUCAGCAUCUUCCUCAAUAAUCAAACCGCUGAGGAUCAAGCUGAUGUGGUUGCCUGGGCAAAUGAUCACAAUGGAGUUCCAGUGCAUAGGGAUUACGUGGUGCUUGUUCCUGGUGGGAGCCCUCAGCAGGAUCUGUGGCUUGCACUUCGUCCAAAUACAGAUUCAGUCUUGAAGUCUCAGUUUUAUGAUGCAAUCUUAAAUGGAGUGGAGAUAUUCAAAAUUAGCACUCCUGGUGAUGGUAAUCUUGCUGGGCCCAAUCCAAUCCCUGCUCCUAAACAGGAAGUAAUUGACCCUUCAUUGGUCAGACCAUCAUCAGGCUCUGGCCAUUCAAAGAACCAGAAAGCAAUUAUAGCUGGGGGUGUAAGCGGUGGAGUUGUUAUAGCACUUGUCAUUGGUUGCUGUGUUAUUGCCGCAUCUCGCCGUCGUAGACAAGGGAAGGAGGCAAGUGCAAGUGAUGGGCCAUCUGGGUGGCUUCCUCUUUCUUUGUAUGGAAAUUCUCACUCUGCUGGUUCAGCAAAAACAAACACGACAGGAAGUUAUGCUUCCUCUUUACCUUCAAACCUUUGCCGCCACUUCUCUUUUGCUGAGAUCAAGGCUGCUACUAACAAUUUUGAUGAGGCUCUUCUCCUUGGAGUGGGAGGCUUUGGCAAAGUCUACAAGGGGGAAAUUGAUGGUGGGACAACUAAAGUAGCAAUCAAGCGUGGCAAUCCACUUUCUGAGCAGGGUGUGCAUGAGUUCCAAACUGAGAUUGAAAUGCUCUCAAAACUUCGACACCGUCACCUUGUUUCAUUGAUUGGGUACUGCGAGGAGAACUGUGAGAUGAUCCUUGUUUAUGAUUACAUGGCUUAUGGAACACUGCGUGAGCAUCUAUACAAAACCCAAAAGCCUCCUUUGCCCUGGAAGCAAAGGCUUGAGAUAUGCAUUGGUGCUGCUCGUGGUCUACACUAUCUCCACACUGGUGCCAAACACACUAUUAUCCACCGAGAUGUCAAGACAACCAACAUUCUUUUGGAUGAGAAAUGGGUUGCAAAGGUUUCUGAUUUUGGCUUGUCAAAAACGGGUCCUACUUUGGAUCACACCCAUGUUAGCACUGUAGUGAAGGGUAGUUUUGGCUAUCUGGAUCCAGAGUAUUUUAGGCGACAGCAACUGACUGAAAAAUCAGAUGUUUACUCUUUUGGAGUUGUGCUGUUUGAGAUCCUGUGUGCUCGACCAGCCUUGAACCCAACGCUGCCAAAGGAGCAAGUCAGCUUGGCAGAGUGGGCUGCUCAUUGCCUCAAUAAAGGCAUUCUGGUUCAGAUUGUUGACCCCUAUCUGAAGGGGAAGAUUGCACCUGAAUGCUUCAGAAAGUUUGCUGAGACUGCAAUGAAGUGUGUGGCUGAUCAGGGCAUUGAGAGGCCAUCAAUGGGAGAUGUGCUUUGGAACCUAGAGUUUGCUUUGCAGCUGCAAGAGAGUGCAGAGGAGAGUGGGAAAGGUAUUGCUGGAAUAGAUGACGAGGAGAUGCCAUUUAAUAUGGCCUCUAAAGGGAAGAAAGAUCCUGAUACUUCCCCUGGCUUUGAUGGUAACAUUACAGAUUCAAGGAGCAUUGGAAUGAGCAUGAGCAUAGGCGGCCGGAGCCUUGCUAGUGAAGACUCAGAUGGAUUGACACCAAGUGCUGUGUUCUCACAGAUCAUGAACCCAAAAGGUCGUUGAGAUCAGAGGGACUGCGUUUGCUGCUACACCAAAAUCUGCAAAUUUCCAUCUACUGUCAAUCAUCUAAGGAACUGAUUUGGCAAUUCAUUUAAUCACUAUUUUUUUAAAAACUUCUUUCAAUGUUAAUGGUAUGUUAUGAUCAAUUCAAUUAUAAUUUGUAUCUACAAUUACUUGAAGAGUGUAAAAAAUAAGUUGUUGGCACUUCCA